GCUGUGCUCCGCGGUCCGCGCUGGGAGCGGGCCUAGUGCUCUGACCUCUUACGUCCGGGAGCCGGACUCCCGGGCUCCCGCGUCCGCCCCGGCUCCGCACCUCUGGCAGCCUAAGGAGAGUCGCUGGCCGUGGUCGCCACUAGGGAUAUUUCUGCAUCUUGAAAAGAAGAUAAAACAAAAAUCUUUGGAUUAGAUGGAUUUUUGUCACUUUCUGUGAACUAAAGCGAUUCAAUGUCUCUUUUGGAUUGUUUCUGCACUUCACGAACACAAGUUGAAUCCCUCAGACCUGCAAAACAGUCCGAAACCAGUAUCCAUCAGUACUUGGUUGAUGAGCCAACCCUUUCCUGGUCACCUCCAUCCACUAGAGCCAGUGAAGUGAUAUGUUCCACUAACGUGUCUCACUAUGAGCUUCAAGUAGAAAUAGGAAGAGGAUUUGACAACUUGACUUCUGUCUAUCUCGCACGGCAUACUCCUACAGGAACACUGGUAACUAUAAAAAUUACAGAUCUGGAAAACUGCACUGAAGAACGCCUGAAAGCUUUACAGAAAGCAGUCAUUCUAUCUCACUUUUUCCGGCACCCUAAUAUCACAACUUAUUGGACAGUUUUCACUGUUGGCAGCUGGCUUUGGGUUAUUUCUCCAUUUAUGGCCUAUGGUUCAGCAAGUCAACUCUUGAGUACCUACUUUCCUGAAGGAAUGAGUGAAACGUUAAUAAGAAACAUUCUUUUUGGAGCAGUAAGAGGGUUGAACUAUCUGCACCAAAAUGGCUGUAUUCAUAGGAGUAUUAAAGCCAGUCAUAUCCUCAUUUCUGGUGAUGGCCUAGUGACCCUCUCUGGCCUGUCCCAUCUGCAUAGUUUGGUUAAGCACGGACAGAGGCAUAGGGCUGUGUAUGAUUUCCCACAGUUCAGCACAUCAGUGCAGCCGUGGCUGAGUCCAGAACUACUGAGACAGGAUUUACAUGGAUAUAAUGUGAAGUCAGAUAUUUACAGUGUUGGGAUUACAGCAUGCGAAUUAGCCAGUGGGCAGGUACCUUACCAGGACAUGCACAGAACUCAGAUGCUGUUACAAAAACUGAAGGGUCCUCCUUAUAGCCCAUUAGAUAUUAGUAUUUUCCCUCAAUCAGAAUCCAGAAUGAAAAAUUCCCGAUCAGGUGUAGACUCUGGGAUUGGAGAAAGUGUACUUGUCUCCAGUGGAACUCACACAGUAAAUAGUGACCGAUUGCACACGCCAUCUUCAAAAACCUUCUCUCCUGCCUUUUUCAGCAUGGUACAGCUCUGUUUGCAACAAGAUCCUGAGAAAAGGCCAUCAGCAAGCAGUUUAUUGUCCCAUGUGUUCUUCAAACAGAUGAAAGAAAAAAGCCAAGAUUCAAUACUUUCACUGUUGCCUCCUGCUUAUAACAAGCCAUCAAUAGCACUGCCUUCAGUGUUACCUUGGACUGAGCUGGAAUGUGAUUUUCCUGAUGAAAAAGACUCAAACUGGGAAUUCUAGGGCUGCCAAAUCAUUUUAUGUCCUAUAUACUUGACACUUCCUUCUUGCUGCUUUUUCUUCUGUAUUGCUAGGUACAAACACCAGAAUUAUACUUGAAAAUACAGUUGGUGCACUGGAGAAUCUGUCAUUUAAAACCACUCUAUUCGAAGGGGCAUGAGAUUAUAGUCCCUCUGGUUACCUCAGAGUGCUCUCACAACUACAGGGAGACGACAGAAUUAUUAAUCUGGCUACAGUUAGUGUCAUCUAUUCUUGAAUUUUUUUCCCAAGCUGUGACUAACUCUUCCCUUUAUCUGUCACUAUAAUUUUUGAGCCAUUUAAUUUUUUUUUUUUUUUUUUUUUUUUGGUAUUUUACUGUCCUCUUGGGAAUGAGCCCGCAGAGGACAGUGCUUCUUUUUUAUUUUUUUGUCCUUUUUGAGACCGGCCACAUCACGCUCAGCCAGUGAGCG